UUUCAGUAAGAUGUCAGGUGUGUGGGAUUUUCUGAAACGACAUCGUGGCAAAAUUGUUGCUGGGGCAGCUGCUGGAGCAGUUGCGGUUGGAGGGGUAUUCGUUAUCCAGCAAGCUUGGCGGAAUUCCUCACUACAACUUCUUGGUUCUGGAUGGAAUCGUGAUCGAGAAUUCAGCCAAACUCAGCUGAAGGCUCGGCGGUAUUACAUUUACGAUACCCAACAUCGGACGUGCGAUAUUUCAAUCUUAGACUUAUUACCGGGUAUAGCAAAACGAAUAUCGUUGUAUUUCGAUGUAGAAGCAUUGAUUGAGGAUCUUAAAAAUAACAAGGAACUCAGCAAGGAACAACGAAUUGUAAUGUGGCAAGAUAUUAAGGUAAAAGCAGUUGGACGAAUGGUUGCACUUGCUUAUGCAUUCUCCUUAAUUACUGUGACAUUGAAAUGUCAAAUUUCAAUUUUAGCUGCCCAACUUUGCUCAUCGUUUACCGAAAAAGAAGAUCACUGGUGGAAUCAAUACUUACCCGAGAAUCUUAAAUUCACCACUUCACUAACGCACCUAACUGGUCCACAGAAAUGCACUGUUGACUCCUCUACACAGCAGAUUUUCAUGAGGUGUUGUCAAUUUUUCAUUUCUACAGGCUUGGAUGAUUUAUUGAAAAGCAUCGAAAAUGUCUGUAAAGCACAACUGGAAGAGUUGGAGUUAAAAACACCAGUAGAUGGAGAACACCUAAAAGCGAUUUUGUUAAAUCUCAAGAGAAGAAUGGAUCUGUUGGACUGUCGACAUUUUUCAUAUCUCAUCGUACCGAAAUAUGCGAAUAAGAAUGGCUUUGCGUUGCCAAAUUUUGAUCAACUGGAUGUGCUUCUAAAACGUCUCGUAGAAAUGUUAGAAUCAACAAAAUGCAAGGAAGUAACAUCAUCGCUGGUUGAUUUCUUCUUUGAUGCUAUUGUAAACUUUGUGAACCAACAUAGUAGGAGUCGCGAGAUGCCGAUAGCACGAGUAUUACCUUUAAUUACGGACAGUUUCCAUGCCUUAUCUCGAAGUGGUUUUGACUCGCCAAUACAAAAUAUUCUUUGCUCCACCGAACUGCACUCACUUUCCAUGCAUGUUUUUUCACUUCCUCCUGUUGAACUGUGA